CUGGGUCUUCGGCAAUGUUCGUAAAUUUUGGCUGCUAUCUUUGGCUGCUAUUUCACACAGCUUGUCUGUGGACUGUAGAUGCAGAUGCCUUGUUGUGACUGUUGUGAUUGUGAGUGGAAAUUAAAUGUCAAUACAAUCACAAUAACCUGUAAAUUUGUAAACUUACGUUACUUACGUAAUUUAAGCCUAAAAAUCAAGCAAACGAAUAGUUUUAGAGCACACAUUAUGGGAAAGGCUUCGCAAACAGGAGGCGUCAAGCCAAUGUCCAUUGCUGGGCGAUAUGUAAGUGAAAGGGAACGUCUUCUUGGAAUGACCGAUGCUGAAAGAGCGUUUCGAAAACAAUGGCUCAAAGACCAGGAACUAUCCCCAAACGAACCGAGAAAAGUCCCUGAGAUGUACAAGGCUACUUACAAUCCAAUACGGAGGGCAUACAGAUGGCCCUUAGAUCAGUUAGCAAAGAUCAUGGAACCUGCCCUAGGAGCCCAAAGAGCCUACGUUUUCAGAUAUUUCACUGGUAAAAUCAUGCUUGGAGUUGCUGGUAUAUAUUGGGCUACUUACUACUUCAAGUAUAACAAGAGUGAUUGGACCAGGAAAGGUGGAUGGAGAGUUAUUGAAUCUGGUGAAUCUGUACAUGAAGGAGACCCAAGGUAUCCAUGGGUUUCUCCAAAAUCAAAGGGAGCUGACUAUGCUAGCAGAGGAUUCAAUGAAUUUGAGUUGAAUUUGUGAAUUAGGAGUUAUCUGAAGCAAUAAAAUAGUGAAUGCAUAUUAUCUUGUCUUCACAUUCAUUGAUCAAUCAAUCAAAUAUCAACUAGGUAUGAUUCAAAUCAAUCUAUCCACAAGAAGAUGCAAUACUGGCAAACAAUUUUACUAUAAUUAAAUACAUAAUGCUGGAUCUCCCACUCAUUUGGAAAAAGGUAUCACUAGGCAAUACAAGGUCAAUAUUUUCCAUUAUUUUAUUUUCAUGAUAUAGAAUAUAUUACUUUUCUUCUUAAAACAUAUUUUACUGUUAUAAAUAAUUUAUGGUCUGCUGUAAACCCAGCAAACCUAACACAAAAAUGCAUGAAUAUAAACUUUGUUUGGAAUGAUAUUUACAAUAAUUUCAGCACCUUCACCUGAACUUAAGCACUAAAUACAAUACAAAGAAUAUGAAUAUUGAAAAGAAGACCAUGUACAAAAUAUAAUAAUUGUGGGAGCCUCUAGAUAACCUUAAAACUUUAUUCAUAGUUGUCCCUAGGAAUCCUCCAGUUCUGUCCAUAUCGUCGUCCACAUCUCUAAGAAGCCUGUCUUGAUGUUUAACCUCAUUGCCUAUAUCAAUGGUAAGGGAUUUCAGGACACCAAUUUUUUCUUGCAGGUCAUUGGUCAUUCGAUCGUUUUCAUCUUCAAUUUCAUUGGAAUUUUGAGGUACUGGUUCAUAACUGUAAGCUGCAUGUGUUCGUCUCAUCUUAUAUGAUGCCAGAUUUGAAUUUUUCGAUAGCAGACAAUCAGAACAAUAUUAUUUUUUUUGUAAAAUAUAGAUUAAAAACUGCAUCAGAAAUAAUUUCUCAAAUGACCAGAUGACAAGACAAUGUUGACUAUUGUUGAUUUGUUGACAGUC